UUUUUAUUUUUUUUUUUUUGUUACUUAUUUUCAAUCCAUACCGCGAACGCUGUAACUUGUGUGUGAUAAACUUCCCUGAAAUUAUUCCGGUGUACGAUGGAUAGGAUUAACCGCAGGAGGAGAAAGGCGAAGAAGCCAAAGAAGCUGCUGUUGUCCACCGUUGAUCCGUGGGACGUACAAGUGGCCAGUUUCGAGCCGGAGGGGCUAGCGCAACGUCGCGGAGUGUCCCUGUCAUCCAUCGUCACAAGUCCGGACGUCCAGACACCGUCCGGCAGAGUACUCCGGACACCCUCGCCCUGGUACAAGCCGGGCACAAAUUCUCCAGCACCAAACACCGCCGACACAGAUCAAGGCGCCUUGACCAGCCCCGAGUGGCCUCUUCCUUGGUACAAGCCUCUGAGGUCGUCGACUCUCGACACCCCUCGAGGAUCGACGCAAUCUGUACCGCCACUGAAACCUCCGCGAAGCAGAGCGAAUUCGCGAGGACAAUCGACGGACUCGGUGGAUAAUGAAACCGGUUCAAAAACCGACGGGAAUUUUACUCCGAGUGGGGUAAAAGUACCCAUCGUACAGUUUCACCUAGAGGAUGAAAAGAUACCUCCGGUAAAAACGAACGGGGUCCAGUUUCACGAAAGGGAAAGAAACUUCUUAUCCGUACCGAAAAUCGUCGUAAGCGAAGACUGUGAUACCGAGGAAUCGCCCAAGAUCAAGGAAAACGGAACCUUCUCAAACAGUUCGAUCAAACUGACCAACGGUACUUCGGAAACGGAGAGUCAGUAUGAUUCAAAAAAUCCGGGACAACAUCCUCUGUUGAUCGUUGAAGGGAAGUACAGGACUUCGGUUGAAUCUAUCGUCGAGGAUCUCGUCAAGACCAGGUACAGUCCACAGACUGCUAGACAAAGAAGACUCCAUAGAUUGUCACCUCGAAACUCGUCAGUGCACGAGGGAGAGGCGCGAACUGACAACGGUCGGCCAUUAUCAGCCGGUACUAUCGAGAUUAAAAAAACCCCAAAUAGCCCAAAUAUCGUUAGAAUUGGAUCACGACACGAAAUCUUUGAACCCAGAAGGAACUCAAGGAAAAGCAGCAUCUCUAUGCCGGACAGGUUGGACAACAUGGAGGGACUUGAACAGUCUAUGAGACAGCAGGGAACGAGUUCGAAAUUUCGAAGAGACGACAGUGACAGUAGCGUGACAUUUAGCAACAGCGGUUCAACGCCACGAGAGAGUGCUUUGGACUCUGAUACCGACGACGAUGUCAACGAUGAGGAACUUGCCAAGGUCCCGUUGCAGGCACCUUCACGUCGGAAACCGCCACCAAUCGGCUUCAUUUCACCGGCUCAUAAAAUGGCCAGGGAGACGAUUGAAAUUUCGGGCGGCCAGAGCGUCAACUCAACAAUAACGAGUGUCAACAGCAUCAGCAGUCUUCUCAAGGAAAAAUUACAGCUUUCCAUUCCUCAGGCGCUGCGGAGUAGCAAGAAACAACAAAAUGCUGAUUACAGGCUGAGGGCCUUCGUCGGUAUCCUGUUCUUCAGCAUAGUCUUCCUGAUCGGAUUCGCCUACGUUUACUACAACCAACACGUUCUUCAGAGGGCGUACUUUGAGCUGUUCAGCUUCAACAAGAACGACCGGACGAUGCACGUCUACAGUAGAAAGGGUGUCGAGCUAAUAUCUGCUCGAUUGGGUGAAGGGAUACUUCCUGAAACCGGAGUGUUUCCCUGUCUUCCCCAUCACGACAGACCCGGUUCCGUAUGCCUCGAAUGGCUGCAGCAAACCAGACUCUACUUAUCGCACACCGAUCGUGAUCAGGAGAGCACUCACUGCUACCAUAUAACAUGGCAGAGUCUGAGCCCCAGCUACAACCCGAAGGACUGUUUUGACUGGUCUCCGAAACGGGGCCACUGGUACGGUGCCGGACAGACUCAGAACAUGGCGUAUCCGCUGGAGAAGGGCGCUUCGGAUUCUAGUGCCUUUGUAACCGGAGACAUAAAGAAGCACGCUUUCGGGAACGUCCUCAGGCGUUACUUCUUAAACUCGAAGGGGGCCACGAUCGUCGUGGAUCCCGAGUCGCCGCUUUACGUCUCGAUAAACGCUAAAGGGUCGCAGGACUUCUGCAUCGAGGCGAAGUACGACUCGUUCGCUUAUAUAAACCACCUGACGCCACUGCCGCAGCUGAACUACACGGUGUGCGCCUCGGACAACAUAAAGACGCUGCUCUCGAUGAUAACGGAAAAGGCCCCACCGGGCGGGCCCAAGAAGGAGGACGUGGACGCCGUGAAUUCCCUGAUUUCCGAGCCGGUUUGGCAGAUCUCGCCAACGGAUGAGGCGGCCAUAUACAACUACACCGUGGACGUAAACGACCACGGUUUCCUCCAAGGUCACGUACUUCUCAGCGAGGGAUGGCAGCCGAACUCCGGUGACUUCCAUCUUGACAUGGAGCGGUUCCCCACGAUGGUGAAGACCAUCAAAACCAUCCACCGUCGCGGGUUCAGGAUCAUAUUUUCUAUCCAACCGUUCAUAUCCACCGAGUCGGUAAACUUCGUGGACACCGUUGCCAGUCGACUCCUGAUAUCCGAGCGGGGCAGUGACCCAAGGAUACCAGCCUUGACCAGGUACAAGCAGAGCAACAGCGCCGCCAUACUGGACAUAACGAACGACAGGACCUUGCCUUGGCUCGAGGACAAGUUGCAGAGCCUCGUCAACAACUACAAGGUCGACUCAUUCUACCUCGACUUGGGGAACGCUUACGACAUGCCGCACUAUUACAAAUGUCAAAAGCCACUGACGAAUCCGGACCACUACAAGACCCUCUUCACCGAGGCGAUACUGAGCUCGGUACCGGUGAUCGGGGUUUCCGGCGCCAUCACGAGACCAAAGACGCCGGUCUUCGUUUCCCUGCCGCCGUUUCCGUCAUCCUGGAAGGCGAUUAAGACGGUGAUACCGACGGUGCUGAGUUACGGUAUAAUCGGGUAUCCCUUCAUAAUGCCCGGCGCUGUAGGUGGCGACGUCGCUCUUCCCAUGUCGGACAACAACCCGAAUAAUGACUUCGAGGUCAAUCUGCCCGACAAGGAGUUGUACCUCAGAUGGUUGCAGCUCUCGACCUUCUUACCGGUAAUUCGAUUCACUCACUUGCCGAGCAAGUACUCGAACGAAUCGGUCCUCGAGAUGGCCAAGAGCUUAACCACCCUGAGACAGAAGACGGUGAAACCUCUGCUCACGAAGUACGCCCUCGAGGCGUUCGAGUUGGGACUCCCGAUCAUCAGGCCUCUCUGGAUGCUGGAUCCGUCCGAUCCCGCCUGUCACGACGUGGUCGACGAAUUUUCCGUUGGCGAAGAGCUCAUAGUUGCUCCAAUUUUGUACUCGGGUAGCAGGCAAAGGGAGGUGUAUCUUCCGGCCGGAGUCUGGAGGGACGGCAUCGACGGAACACUGAAGAAGGGGUCAAGAUGGAUCCACAACUACAGAGUGGCCGAGGACAAGGUUGCGUACUUCGUCAAAAUGCCUGACAACACUAGAUUUUGAAGUGAUUGUGAUAUAUCCUUGCUGCGUGACAGCGUACCUGUAUUGUAAAUAAAAAAAUAAAAAAAUUAAUACAGGUAUGAUUCGUAAAAAGUGACGUAUAGUAUAAUGAGGAAUGCACAUAGGCUGUAAAUUUACUCUGUGCCAUUAUACGCUAUUUUGCAAUAUCGAUCACGCUAUAUGAGCUUUAUGCUUUUACGGCUAUGUCACAUGUCGGUGUAAAAUAUCGUACGUCGUUUCAUUAUAAGCAAUUAAUUCAGUAGAGUGACAAUUAUAUUAACAAUUAUAGCCAAACGCAAGUUCGAUAAUUAAUAAUAGUACUGAAUUCAGCAUAUGAGGUUCUUUUUUUUAAAUGAGUCAAGAGGCCUUACACAUACGUAUAUACAUAUUAUGUGAUAAAAGUAAUCGUUCCCGAGAUGAGAAAGAAUAAAUACCAAAAAAGCUUUAAGGAAGGGCGGUAUCAGAUAAUUUGAUAUGAAUUUACAUAAUAUAAGUAAUGUGUUAACGUGUACAUAAUACUAAUACUGAAUGUAUGUACAAAAUAGUCAAAAUAACACAUAUUAUAUACAAUUUCCUAUGUAUGAAAUAUUUCUAUAUUAAAUAAAGAACACUUUUUCUAUA